AUGUCUGACUUUUCCAACCCACGUACUAGUGAUCAAAUGAUAGGGGAAACUCCCGUACUCGCCUUACCUACACCAGCCAUUGACGUCAGUGCAUCAAGGCAACAAUUACUUGCUUUAAUUGAUUUUGUAUUCGCUGAUCAGCCUACCGUGGUGGUGGGAGCAUCAAAGGCAUCCAUAGAAGACAUGCCGAGGGUGAUAGUCACCGACGAAGGAAUGGAGUGCAGUAUAUGUUUGGAAAGCUUCAAAGUCUGCGGUGAAGCCAAGGAGAUGCCUUGUAAGCACAGGUUUCACGCGCACUGUAUUGAAAACUGGCUGUACAGGCGUGCUUCCUGCCCACUUUGCAGGUUCACCGUGCCCGUUGACUUGGAAGAAGAGACGAAUGGCAUGAGCGAACACUGGAUUGAUAUCACAGAUUUUUUGGAUUUUAGGGAUAUGGAUUGA